CUACAACCACAUUUGACUCUCUCACACAAAUUUUUUAUGUAAUUAAACAUCUUUCUUAAGACUUAGUCACUCAGAUAAUAAGGAUAACAUAUCAUUGCUGAGAGUAAAAGUGAUGGAAUAUAGAUUGGGAGUCCACAGCAUAUAUAGAACUCUAUUAAAAUUAGGCAUCCAGCGCCAUAUCAUCUUCUUGUCUAUGCUUUAUCUUCAAUAAUACUGUAGACAGCAGUAAACUGAAAACAUGGGAAGAAAAUCCUGCGUGUUCAGAACAAACAUCUCUUUGGUAGUGUUACUUUCCUUUCUACUAUGUUUAUGUUUAUGCAGUUCCACAGACACCAUUACCUUCAACCAACCUCUCAAAGACGGGGAUUUAUUAAUCUCUAAUGACACUUCUUACGCUAUCGGUUUCUUCACCCCCGGGAACUCCACCGGCAAGCGAUACGUCGGACUUUGGUACCAAAAAAUACCAGAAAAGGUGGUCGUUUGGGUCGCCAACAGAGACAACCCCGUCAAUGGCACAUCCGGAAUCCUCUUCAUCGACACAACCGGAAAUCUCGUCAUCCAAGACAAGAAAACCGGUAAUUCUGUCUGGAACACAAGUCUUUCUUUUGAGCCCACCGGGACAGGAGAUUAUUCCGCUCAGUUAAAGAAUACUGGGAAUCUGGUUCUGUAUCAUGACCGGGAGAGACGGGUUGAUAAAUGGCAAAGCUUUGAUCAUCCCACGAAUACAUUACUGGCGUCCAUGAAACUGGGGGUGGGCAAGAAUAAAAGUUUAAACUGGUUUCUGAGGUCGUGGAAGUCGCCGGAUGAUCCGGGCAGCGGCGAGUAUACCCUCGGGAUAGAUCUCACCGGAAAACCUCAGGCGUUCCUGUACAAGAAUUCUUCGUCCCGGGUGUGGAGAAUCGGGCCAUGGAAUGGCAUUAGAUGGAGCGGCGUGCCACAAAUGACCCCAGAAAUAACCCCUUACACGUUCACCGAAAACGACGACGAGUUCUCGGAGGAAUACUGGAUUCGGGACCCGUCGUCGGUGUAUACAAUAGUGAUGUUAAACGACUCCGGGACGGUGAACAAGAUCAUAUGGAAAGGAAACGGCAAUAAGAAGAAAUGGGACGGCGUUUGGUACUACCCCAACGACGAUUGUGACCACUACGGUCACUGUGGCACUUUCGGCAUUUGCGAGAAAGCGAGAUUUUCCUGCAGAUGCGUUUCUGGGUUCAAGCCUAAGUCGUCGAACCAGGAAUGGAGUCAAGGGUGCUGGAGAAACCAGACAGAGGUGUGCCGUAACGGUGAGGGGUUCUUGAAGUUGGAGGACAUGAAGAUCCCUGACACUCAAAUGGCGGAAGUGAACAGAGCCAUUGGGUUGAAGGAAUGUGAGGAGCUGUGUUUGAAUAACUGUUCUUGCACGGCAUAUGCAAGCGCGAAUAUCAGCGAUGGCGGAAUGGGAUGCAUUGCUUGGUAUGGAGAGUUGAUAGAUAUGAGGGAUUUCACAAGUGGAGGCCAAGAUAUCUAUGUUCGAGUCUCUGCAUCUGAUUUAGGUCAACUUGUAAAGAAAUCUAAAGACCAUCAUGGGAAAAGGCUCAUAGUCUCCGUGAUUCAGCCCAUUGCUGCUGUGAUUCUUGUGCUCUAUUGUUUGAUCUCUACCAAUAUCAGAAAAGGUAAAACACCACCAAGUAGUAAUACCAGUUUACAAUUGGAGAAAUAUAUGGAAGAAGCUAGACAUGCAGAUGUGUUAGCCUUUGAUUUAAACACUAUUAGAGCUGCCACUAAUAACUUUUCUGCAGACAAUAAACUUGGAGAAGGCGGAUUUGGUUCUGUUUACAAGGGUAUGUUGCAAAAUGGACAAUUUGUAGCUAUCAAAACACUCUCAAGAACAUCUCAGCAAGGGAUAGAAGAAUUCAAAAAUGAAGUGAAGCUAAUUGCCAAACUUCAACACAGAAAUCUUGUGAGGCUUUUAGGAUGUUGCAUUCAACAAGGGGAGAAGAUGUUGGUUUAUGAAUAUUUACCUAACAAAGCCCUGGACAGUUUCAUCUUCGAUAAUAGACAAGGGAGGUUGUUAGAGUGGAAAAAGCGUUUUGAAAUUAUUUUAGGAAUUGCUCAAGGGUUGUUAUAUCUUCAUCAAGAUUCUAGACUACGAAUCGUUCAUAGAGAUUUGAAGGCUAGUAAUGUUUUGUUAGAUGACUCCAUGAACCCGAAAAUAUCAGAUUUCGGAAUGGCUAGACUUUUUGAAGAAGAACAAGUCGAAGCAAAUACAAAUCGAGUAGUUGGAACAUAUGGCUAUAUGUCGCCUGAAUAUGCAAUGGGAGGUAACUUUUCAGUAAAGUCUGAUGUGUAUAGCUUUGGUGUUUUAUUGUUGGAAAUUGUGAGCGGAAAGAAGAACAAACACAAGUACAAGGAAACCUCGUUGAAUUUAAUAGGAGAUGUAUGGGAUUUCUGGAAUGAAGAAAGAGCACUAGAAAUUGUCGAUGCAUCAUUAGGGGAGUCGUAUGAUGAUCAAGAAGUUUUGAGGUGCAUCCAUGUCGGUCUGUUGUGCGUUCAACUACAUUCAAAUGACAGACCAACCAUGUCAGAAGUGAUUUUCAUGUUAAGUAAUGAUGCAGAACUCUCACGUCCUAAUCGACCAGGAUUUGUAUUAAAUCAGAGGAAUAAUGCAGCUCCAUUAUCAUAUUCUACAAGUGAUGGUGCUAAUCAAUCAAGUAAUACUAUGUCAAUUACUGAACUUACAAUAGUGGACUUGAAGGAGACAGCAGGGACAGCUAUACAGGACCAUAUGAUUGAUCCUGAUCAGUCAUUCCGGUUGAAAGGGGAAAACAUGGGAAGAAAAACCUGCGUGUUCAGAACGAACAUCUCUUUGGUACUGUUUCUUUCCUUUCUACUAUGUUUAUGCAGUUCCAGAGACACCAUUACCUUCAACCAACCUCUCAAAGACGGGGAUUUAUUAAUCUCUAAUGACACUUCUUACGCUAUCGGUUUCUUCACCCCCGGGAACUCCACCGGCAAGCGAUACGUCGGACUUUGGUACCUAAAAAUAACAGAAAAGGUGGUCGUUUGGGUCGCCAACAGAGACAACCCCGUCAAUGGCACAUCCGGAAUCCUCUUCAUCGACAGAACCGGAAAUCUCGUCAUCCAAGACAAGAAAACCGGUAACUCUGUCUGGAACACAAGUCUUUCUUUUGAGCCCACCGGUACAAGAGAUUAUUCCGCUCAGUUAAAGGAUACUGGGAAUCUGAUUCUGUAUCAUGACCGGGAGAGACGGGUUGAUAAAUGGCAGAGCUUUGACUAUCCCACGAAUACAAUACUGGCGUCCAUGAAACUGGGGGUGGGCAAGAAUAAAAGUUUAAACUGGUUCCUGAGGUCGUGGAAGUCGCCGGAUGAUCCAGGCAGCGGCGAGUAUAGCGUCGGGAUAGAUCUCACCGGAAAACCUCAGGCGUUCCUGUACAAGAAUUCUUCGUCGCCGGUGUGGAGACUGGGGCCAUGGAAUGGCAUUAGAUGGAGCGGCGUGCCGCAAAUGACCCCAGAAAUCACCCCUUACGCCUUCACCGAAAACGACGAGGAGUUCUCGGAGGAAUACUGGAUUCGGGACCCGUUGUCGGUGUAUACAGUAGUGAUGUUAAACGACUCCGGGACGGUGAACAAGCUCAUAUGGAAAGGAAACGGCGAGAUGAAGAAAUGGGACGGCGUUUGGUACUAUCCCAACGACGAUUGUGACCACUACGGUCACUGUGGCCCUUUCGGCAUUUGCGACAAAGCGGGAUUUUCCUGCAGAUGCGUUUCUGGGUUCAAGCCUAAUUCGAACCAGAAUUGGAGCCAAGGGUGCUGGAGAAGCCAGGCAGAGGUGUGCCGUAACGGUGAGGGGUUCUUGAAAUUGGAGCACAUGAAGAUCCCGGACACAGAAAUGGCGGCGGUGAACACCACCAUAGGGCUUCAAGAAUGCCGGGAGCUUUGUCUCAGCAACUGUUCGUGCACGGCGUUUGCCAGCGCCAAUAUCAGCGACGGCGGAACGGGAUGCGUAACUUGGUAUGGUGACUUGAUAGAUAUGCGGGAGUUCACAGAUGGCGGCCAAGAUAUCUAUGUUCGAGUUUCUGCGUCUGAUUUAGCAGCUCAACAUGUAAAGAAAUCUAAAGGUUUUCAUGGGAAAUGGCUCAUAGUUACAGUGGUUAUUGUGCCGGUUGCCGCUGCAGUGAUUCUACUGCUCCUUUAUCUGACACUAUUAUUGAAAGGGAGAAAAGGUAAUAAGAAAGCAGUAAGCAGUACGAGUUUAGAAACCUAUGAAGGGCCUGCGGCAAUGGGGAAAUAUGUGGAUGAUGAAGAUGGAUCGGCAUCAUCAGAUGUUUUAAUAUUUGAUCUAAACACUAUUAGAGCUGCCACUAAUAACUUCUCUGCUGAUAAUAAACUCGGAGAAGGUGGAUUUGGUAUUGUUUACAAGGGUAAGUUGCAAAAUGGAGAGCUAGUAGCUGUUAAAAGACUCACAAGAACUUCACUCCAAGGGAUUGUAGAAUUCAAGAAUGAAGUAAGGCUAAUAGCAAAACUCCAACACAGAAAUCUGGUCAGACUUUUAGGAUGUUGCAUUCAACAAGGGGAGAAGAUGUUAGUGUAUGAGUACUUGCCAAACAAAAGCCUUGACAGUUUCAUUUUCGAUAAUGCACAAGGGAUGUCUUUGGAUUGGAGAAAGCGAUUUGAAAUUAUCUCGGGAAUUGCUGAAGGGCUAGUGUAUCUUCAUCAAGAUUCUAGGUUAAGAAUUAUCCACAGAGAUUUAAAGGCCAGUAAUAUUUUGUUAGAUGCUGCUAUGCAAUCAAAAAUAUCAGAUUUUGGAAUGGCUAGAAUUUUUGAAGAGCAACAAGUUGAAGCAAACACAAAUCGAGUAGUUGGGACAUAUGGUUAUAUGUCACCGGAAUAUGCAAUGGAGGGUAUCUUCUCAAUAAAAUCUGAUGUCUUCAGCUUCGGUGUUUUGAUGUUGGAAAUUGUGAGUGGGAAGAAGAACAAAUACACGCGCAACGAAAACUCUUUGAAUUUAAUAGGAGAUGUAUGGGAUUUGUGGAGUGAAGAAAGAUCAAUGGAAAUAGUGGAUCCAGCAUUAGGGGAGUCGUAUGAUGGUCAAGAAAUUUUGAGGUGUAUCCAUGUCGGGCUGUUGUGUGUUCAACCGUAUCCAGAUGACAGGCCAACCAUGUCGGAAGUGAUUUUCAUGCUAAGUAAUGACACAAAACUCCCUCAUCCUAAAGCACCAGGAUUUAUAUUCAAUCAAGGGAGUUUUACUACUCCAUUCUCAUAUUCUACAACUGAUGGAAAUCAAUCUAUUAAUAGCAUGUCAUUUACUGCAAUGGGCGGUCGUUAAUACUCACCCGGCUUGUGUCUUAUUGUUUGGAAUAAUGUGAUUGUCACCUGGUUUAAUUGCCGGUAGGAGCUAUUUAUUAGGUUUCUUGAUUUCAAUCAGUCAGUUAUGGAUAACAUAAGAUGGUUUGAUAUCUUUUGCCUACUAGGGUUACAAGGUAGGCUACACCUAGAGUAGAUUUUCGAAUAUUGGGGUGUUCGGGAUUAUGUCUUAAUGUUGUCAUGUCUUUUACCUAUACAUAGAAUGUACUAUAA